AUGGAAAUUAAUGUCAAGAAAUUCAUUAUAAUCGUAGUGUACGUAAUUGGGUUAGCAGUCGGUUUUUUUUUGUACAUAAAUUAUUUACAAGUACCUACUCAAACUCUGGUGGAUGAUGUGAGCGAAAAAAUUGCGGGACUGAUGUUCCCCAAUUACGAAAAAAAUCAAAAACUGCAGUUAUGGAGAGCAGACAGCUCAAGUAAAGACGAUGACCUCUUUCUGAACAACUGCGACGACAUCAACGAUGCAUUGGCAGAAGAUUGGUGGAUCUUUGACAACAACGUAAUGAUAAUCCUCAUUUCGUCGAUGAUACCGUUUGUUGUCUUUUACACAAUGCAAUGGUUUAACGGUCAACCAGCAAAUGUACCAGAGGUAAAAUUCAUAUUUGUCAAAUAACAUACUUAUUAUGAUACUAUUAUUCCCUAUACUAAUAUAUUAUUUCAGAACCUUGAUUGGUCAGAAUCGUUGGGCCAGAGAGAAGCAAUGUACGCAAAUAACAGACGACUUACAUUACCUGAUUUAACUUUGGCCAGACACGCACGAAGAGAAUCAUUGGCCGAAAAUGCACAAAACAUGCCCAGUAAGUUAUUUUAAAAUAAUAAUUAAUACAAUAUUAUAAUACCAGAAUUAUAAUAUAAAUAAUUACAUAUUAAAUAUUAUUACUACACACUUGAAAUAUUGCAGAUCGUCCCAGAAAGAUGUACCAAUGUGUUUCAAAAUUCAGGAAAAUGAGAAAAAAUUCAUUUGAAAGGAAUGAUGACUCAGUAGGAGAAACGAAGAGAGCUCAUAUAAUAAGACGCCGGCAUUAA